CGGCUCGGCCCCGCCCGCGGCGCCCGGCGGAGCUGUUCAGCGCCCGGUGCUGAGCCGGCUCCCGGAGCCUCCGGCGCCGCUCCCUGCCCGCCGCUCGCAUGGCUCCGGAGCUUUGAGCUCCCCGCCCGCCCGCCGUGGAUGCUGCAGCUGCAGGCGGCCCCGGCUCCGCGGCAGAUUUUCUCUUUGCCUCUGGAGUGUUUCGUUAUGGCAGCCUCCAGUGAACAAUGACAUCCUUUGACAAAUACAAAUGCCAAAAAGCCAAACAAAAACAGUGGCCUUCUUUUCUUUUUACUCCAACACAGUGAAAUGGUGCUCUUACAGUUUUCUUAUUGACUCUUACUGGAAGAAACAAACUCCUGACUGGACCUUGUUUCCCCAACCCUCUACCAGUGUUAUUAUGGAUGCUUGACACAGUGACAUCAUGUAGUAGGCCCUGAAGUGUUGUCAUAAUUAAGUUGCAAUGGUUUUAUACACUUCCCCAUUUCCCAACAGCUUUCUGUCAGUUCUGCAUUCCUUUUCCUGGGGCCUAAUUUUCCCAUGUUAUUGGUUUGCAGAUAGGCUUGUGGCCUCUUUUGUUCCAACCACCUAUGAAAAACGUCAAAGAGCAGAUGAUCCGUGCUAUUUUCAUGCACUUUGCAUCAUUAUUACCACUCCCAUCUACUUGGCGCUGUUGGUAGCCUCUCUUCCUUUUGCUCUGAUAGGUUUCUUGUUGUGGUCCCCGCUCCAGUCAGCCAGGAGGCCAUACAUCUACUCCAGACUAGAAGAUAAGAGCCAUGCCAAUGGAGCCCCACUGCUCACUGAAUGGAAGGCUGCAGGGAAUGGGAAAAGCUUCUGCUUUGGCAGUGCCAAUGUUUGCCUGCUGCCAGAUUCUUUGGCAAGAUUUAAUAAUGUUUUCAAUACACAGGCUAGGGCUAAGGAGAUUGGCCGGAGGAUCCGAAAUGGGGCAAGCAGACCACAGAUCAAAAUAUAUAUAGAUUCUCCUACCAACACGUCCAUCAGUGCAGCAAGUUUUAGCAGCUUGGUUUCCCCCCAGGGUGGAGAUAGCACUAAUCGUACUGUUAAUGUUGGCAUCAAAAGGACAACAUCAAUGGAGUAUAAAGGAGACAACUCUGGCUCGAACAACAGUGAGGAUAGCAGAGAAGAUAAGGGUGGAAAUGGAGAGCCAAAUGAAGGAGAGGAAAACACCUGCAUCGUCCGCAUAAACGGAGAGGAUAACGGCCACAUGUCAGACAUAGAAACAGAUACCGUCAAUGGGCAGGCUAACGCUAGUGGCCCUGCAGAGCACUCGCUGGAAGGUGACGCAGAGAUCUCAAAAACACCUAACCACAAACAGAAGGAAGGAGAUUCUGGGAGCUUAGACAGCUACUCAGCCUCAAGAGAGUCACUAGUUAAGGUUCGUGUUGGAGACGGCACAGUGGACCAAAGCACUGUUAACAACAAGCUCCUCUACAAGGCUUCGGUCAUGAAGAAGACUUCAGUGCGGAAAAAGAAACAUACGGAUGAGACCUUUGAUCAUGAGAUCUCUGCUUUCUUCCCUGCCAACUUGGACUUUCUGUGUUUGCAGGAAGUGUUUGACAAAAGAGCUGCAGAGAAAUUGAAAGAGCAGCUUCAUCACUAUUUUGAAUACAUUGUCUAUGAUGUUGGGGUCUACAGUUGCCAUGCCUGCUGUAGCUUUAAGUUUGUGAACAGUGGUCUCCUUUUUGCCAGCCGCUAUCCUGUUAUGGAUGCUGCCUAUCACUGUUACCCCAAUGGAAAAGGAACGGACUCCUUGGCUUCCAAGGGAGCCUUGUUUCUCAAGGUGCAAGUGGGAAGUACACCUCAGGACCAAAGAAUUGUGGGAUACAUUUCCUGCACUCACUUGCAAGCUAUUGCAGGAGACACUACUGUUCGGUGUGAGCAACUGGAUAUGCUUCAAGAUUGGCUGUCUGAAUUCAGAAAAUCUACCUCCUCCUCCAGCACAGCCAAUCCAGAGGAGCUGGUGGCUUUUGAUGUAAUCUGUGGAGAUCUCAAUUUCGAUAACUGCUCCUCUGACGACAAGCUGGAGCAACAGCAUUCUCUGUUUACACACUACAAAGACCCAUGUCGAAUUGGUCCUGGAGAGGAUAAACCAUGGGCAAUCGGUACCUUGCUGGAUCCUGAAGGAUUAUAUGAUGAUGAAGUGUGCACUCCAGAUAACCUACAGAAGGUGCUGGAAAGUGAAGAAGGAAGGAAAGGAUACUUAGUCUAUCCCACCAGCAAGAACCACAAUUCCAGUCAAAAGGGGAGGAAGGCUUCAUUGAAAGGAAACGGGAGGAGGAUUGAUUAUAUGCUUUAUACAGAAGAAGGUCUCUACCUGGAAUGGAAAGUGGAAGUGGAAGAGUUCAGCUUUAUUACCCAGCUAGCAGGCUUGACAGACCACCUACCAGUAGCAAUGCGUCUCAUGGUGUCUACGGGAGAAGAUGACCCUUAAAACUGACCAGCUUUGAGAGCUUAGAAGAGGGAAACAUUAAUGAUAUUAAGAAAAUAUCGCAAGUUAAGAAUGAACUAUUCUGGUGCCACGUUAGGAAAGAUGACCAGACCUGACCCAGGCUACUCCCCAGAACGUACCAACAAUGGAGGAUACAAAAAGGGAAGAAAUUGAAGGGGUUGUGGCCAAAAGCCACUGUCACAGGUUGCUCAGGCAACAGGGCAGGCCUGUACUACAAUGCUUUCACUGUGGACUGAACGGAACCAAGAUGGAAGUCCUAAUUCCUUCUGAACCAGUGCCAUUCUUACUAAAACAUGUUUUUAUACUAAUAUAUAGCACAAUUUAGUUUGUAAUUAGUCUGUGAGUUAGUGCUGCUCAAUGUUUUUUUGCAUAAUUUCUUUGUAUAACUACGAAGCUAAAGCUUUUUUUCUUUUCUUUAGCCUGUUGAAGUUGUAGUAGCGUGCUUGCAUCAGUAGCAUGCGCCCGCACUGCAUGCCACUCUGAGAUAAACUAGUCAGUAAGAUACCAUGGGGAAUAUCAGAAUGGAAGUUAAUUCAAAAAUCAGAUACCAGCCAAAGCAAGGCAUUCUGGCACUGGUAAACCCUUCUGUCAUAACACAAAGAUCUUAAAGCAAACAAAAACUGUUUGAUUUGUAGAACAGUAGUCUCCUCUCCAAUUUAAGGGUAUUUUAAAAAAAAGAUCUGACUUAAGGCAUUAAGAACACAGUUGUACCACCCUUCUUCCAGCUGUGAUGCCACUGAAAUUGUGUUUUGUCCGAAUAACAACUCCAGAAUUGGGCCUUUAGUUUUUUAAGUGCAAGCUAUUCCCUUAAGAAGAAAUAUAGUUCCCCUGUAAUGUCUUUUCUUUAUCUCCCACACGUGGGGCACUUCUGAAUUAUGGUAUGGGAUGAUGUGUGUGUUACAGUAGAGUGAAUAGAUUUCUGUAGUACCAGAGGUAACACCAGAGCCAAUGUUCUGCCUUAGCUAUAAAGAGUAAAAUGGGAAAUAGCUUGUAAAAUGCAUGCUAGAUAUAGGGUUAACAUAAACAUAAGUGACAUUUGGGGGAAGAAGUGUAGAACAGCUUAUGACUGGUAAGGCAGGAUUCGCUUAAUUUUCCAAAGGAAUCACUACACUUAAAGGGAAAGCACAGCACGGGCAGCUAGAGUAACUACAGAACUAUGACUCUCAGUGUUCAGUAACUACUUCCUUUGAGCAGACUGUAGAUGCACAUCUGUGAGACACAACUCUUCAUUUGUUACAUGCUCACAGACUUUAAUAGUGGUCUUGCCAUCUAAUUAGUAUGCUCUUUCCACUGCAACUCUGUAAAUGUGGGGCUGCCCCCACUUUGCCAUCUUAUCCCCACGACCUGACUUACUUAGCCUCUGUAACCUUAAUAGGAAAAAAAAAAAAGGACAAAAGAAAAGCUGAGAAUCAGGUCUAUAACUGAGUUUCUUGGCUUUUCUAGGGCUUUAAAUUCAGAAGGGUUUAUAUUGCUGGAAGAACAAUGAAACCCCUUGCAUUUUAACCAAUACUUAGUUUCUUCUUUCUAAUUCCUCUUCAGUAUUAGAGGUAUUUCCUCUACAUUGCAAGUUCCCCAUGUUGAGAAGAAUUAAUCUAAUAGUUAUACUUACUCCAUUAAGUAAGCUUUUUUAGUUCUGCUGGCCACAAACUCCUGAAGAUCUUGUUAUAGUUUAGUUUCUACCUACUAGGAAUCAGCUUGAGCUAAAUCAGAAUAAACUAGACUUACAUUAGAAAUCCUAGUCUGCGCAGCCUCUUGUACUGGCUUUACUACAGCAAACAAAAGAAUUUAUACUCAGAUCAGCCUGAUUUUGCAAGUGGAGAAACUUCAUAGUCAAUGAAAGUAAUGGACUGACAGUAUUGGCUAAUUCCCAGUAGGCAUUAGGCCACUGCUCAUGCUCCCAGUGCACCCGAUGUUGACACGUUUUAUGCCUCACUCCCAGUCCUGGCAUCCCUUCAGCAGAGACUGCCUCUUGCAAGUGUACUGUGCCAAACCAUGCGGUAAUCUGCAAAGCGUAACCCAUGGGGACUCAAAAAUGGAACCAGACACAAAUCCCCUUUUUGAUAAAAUUAGGAAUUCAAGUUUACAGCAUCAGAGACUUCAGUGUACUACCCCAGUGCACCAUCAUUUUCCCAAUUUGUACGUUUCUCUUUAUACAGAGGGUGCACAUAAGUGCAAUGUGUUUUUCUCGUUUCUUAUCUUUCAUUCCAAUUCAGAAAGACUUGUACCUGAAACAAUGCUUUUAAUCCUAUUUUCUACCUUGCUUGUAUUUUAUUAGCCUUUUUAAAAAAGAAAAAACAAACAGUAUCAAUAGCAAUUUGUGUGCUGUCCAGCAGCUAUUUCUCAGUAGUAAGAUUAAAUAUAAGGUACAGUAUUUUUAAUAGCUUUCCUAACAAUGUAAAUUACAAUUUGAUAUCAGUUUCACUCAGCAUCAGUUGCAGGAGCUGAAUUUGACACUGUGUGGGAAAUAAUCAUAAAACUACUGCCAAACAACGUUACCUUAUUUACAGUAAAACUACCAUUGUCUAAAUUACUUCUAAAUUAGUUCUAUGGCUUUGUGCUGACUAAAAACAAGGCGCUUUUGUCAACUUUUUGAGAUAUGUUGAGGAAUAUUUUUUCAAGUUUGAGGUAAACUGUUUUAGAUUUUGAUGUUCUGAAGUUUUUCAGUGAUCAAGAAAUGGACAGUUGUAAAAUGUUCUCUUUAAACUGUGCACAUACAUUUAGCCAGUCUAGGUAGUUCUUACCGAUUUACUGUCUUACAGAUCUAACUUUGCAAGAGACUGAUGGUGGGAGGUACAGCUUCGUGGCACCACUGUACAGAUGCUCCUUGUUUUUUUGCAUUGAUCCUGUGCCUUCUGAUGCCUUGAUACGCUUGCAGGAGUUAGAGAGCAUAUGUACCAGUAAACUGUAAAGAACAGGCUUUUUUUUCCCAGAAGAGUAACAUCCUGGAGAAAAAUGAGUUUGUCUACACUACUACUACAGUUCCAUAUCCUAUCUCACAAAGAAUCAUUCAGACAAUGACUGUGCUGGCAGGAUAUCAAUCAUUACAAGCCUUAGACAGAUAUUAUGUAAUAGCAUAUUUGCAUACAAAAAAAGAAAAAAGAAAAAAAAAGGCAGAACAUGCCCAGGAAAUUAAAGCCUGGAUAGCUUUUUUAGAUGUCAAUCCUACCUUGCUGAAGGACAGCAUGACCCAAUUUAUUAGUAGGAUGUUAUUUAUAAGAAAUCUGAGUUAAGCUUACUCUACUGCUGCUUACCCUGCUUUGUACAGGAGUUUUAGGUAUCUUCAAGAAGUGGGUGAUAAUGCUAUAAUUGGUUUAAUAACUGCCACUCAACAUGGAUACUGUAGAUGAUAUGUCAUCUGUUUUUAUAAAAGCUAGAUAACAUCUUCUGUUUCUCAUGUUCAAUUUGCAUUUUACAACAGCAGUUCUAGAACAAGUGAACAAAAGACAUGAAUGAGGACAGCUGAAAACUAAGAACUUUCAGAAGAUUCAAGGAUGUCAGGUCGUUACAAAGUUGGUACCUUUAGAUUACU